AGAGCAGCAAGCAGCGCGCGCUGUUGGAGUUCAAACAGUCCGCCGCCGCUGCUGCUGUGGCGGCCAGAUGUUCGCGGGGGAGACGAGGCGCGUGGGGUGAUGGAGCUGGCGCGUGUCUCCGGGAGUCCUCGGGAGGUUURGGAGUCGCAGUAGACCGCGCCGCUGACGAUGUACGGCGAUGGAGAGGGCGCAYCGGUGUGGGACCGGGUGGGACGGCCCCAUCGGGACUGCAUGUGCUACCUCGGACCUCCAACCACUUUGAUGCCCAUCGGGAUGCGCAAGUCUCCCGACGUGAGCCCCAGAAGGCUUUCGGACAUCAGCCCGCAGCUCAGACAGCUCAAGUACCUGGUGGUGGACGAGGCCAUCAAAGAGGACCUCAAGUCCUCGCGCUCAGUCGAGGACAUCAACAGCGCGUCCAUAGAGGAGAGGAUUUUACGCAUCACCGGCUACUAUGGAUACCAGCCUUGGAGCACGAGCUACAAGAGAGAAGACCGGACCAGAGAGAACGUGGUGGGCGCCGCAGACUCCCAGUCGGCCGGGGCAGCCGGGUCCGAGCCGGACAGACGGAGGCUCCGCUGCUGCAUCAGAGUAACAGCCCUGCAGGUGCGGAAGGCCCUGUGGGGGGUCGCCAUGGUCGUGUGCGUGUGCUCGUCCUGGGCGGGCUCCACCCAGUUGGCCAAGCUGACGUUUAAGAAGUUCGACGCCCCGUUCACCCUCACCUGGUUCGCCACCAGCUGGAACUGCCUCUUCUUCCCCCUGUACUACAUCGGCCACCUGUGCAAGAGUCCGGAGAGGCAGACGCCCAGGCAGAGAUUCAGGGAGUGUUGCAGGUUUUUCGGGGAUGACGGAUUGACACCCAAGGUGUUUUUUACCAAGGUGGCUCCKUUUGGCCUGCUGUGGAUCCUCACUAACUACCUGUACCUGCAGGCCCUCAGGAAGAUCAACACGACAGACGUGUCAGCGCUGUUCUGUUGCAACAAAGCCUUUGUCUUUCUGCUAUCCUGGAUUGUACUCAGAGACCGCUUCAUGGGAGUCAGGAUAGUAGCAGCUAUCUUGGCCAUAGCAGGCAUCGUCAUGAUGACCUACGCUGAUGGAUUUCACAGCCACUCUGUCAUUGGCAUUACUUUGGUUGUGGCCUCUGCUUCAAUGUCAGCACUCUACAAGGUGCUCUUCAAGAUGGUGCUGGGCAGUGCCAAAUUCGGAGAGGCAGCGCUCUUCCUGAGCAUCGUCGGAAGCGCCAACUUUGUUUUCAUCAGCUUCGUGCCAGUCAUCUUGUAUUUCACACACGUGGAGUACAUCGGCUCACUUGAAGACCUCCCCUGGGCGUACCUGUGUGGGGUCGCGGCCUUGCUUUUUGCUUUCAACGUCCUGGUGAACUUUGGCGUCGCAAUAACAUACCCAACGUUAAUUUCGUUUGGUAURGUCCUAAGUGUCCCUGUGAACGCAAUGGUGGACCUCUUCACGUGUGAAAUCCAUUUCAACACUGUGCGCCUCAUCGCCGUGUUCAUCAUCUGUCUGGGCUUCCUCAUGCUGCUGCUGCCCGAGGACUGGGACCAGUGCAUCAUCCAGCUCAGCACGAAGCUGCGCAAACGGGACGAGCCCGCAGAGGGCAGCGGGGAGGCCAGCGUUGCCACCGGACUCAGCUGGAGAGGACGAGGCAGGACCUCCCUGUCAACAUUUGCACAUUGACUCCAUUCGGUGAAGGGAUGGCGCAUUAAACUCAACAUGCCUGGUACAUUUUGUUUUGCACAGCUCGUUUGGACCGACCCAUGAUCAGUAAUUUAACUAUGAGGGAAACGGGAUGGAGGCUCGGAUUGUGUAGCACUCGUUCGACUUCCAUUCUGCUCUGAGCUUGUACAAGCUGGUGCAUGGACUCAAGUCUGCUGUACUCUUACAUAAAACGUCAUCAGGUAUGACUGAUUGAGUCAAAUUAGCUGCAGCUUUCAAUUAUUCAACUGAAUUAUCACAUUCUAGAAAAAGAAAUCCCUAGCUUGCCUGAGAUUUUUCAGCUAUAGGUAACAAAAAAAAAAACAGAUAUCCAACAACCAGUUAGUUUGAACUAACACUCACAUUAACACACCUUUUUAAUCCAAAGAAGAAUGCCUAAAAUGGUGAAUGCCUAAGAACAAACUGGAAGGCCCACAGUGGCCUCCGUCAGGUUUAAACUCAACCAUGACCACCUGCCUUCUGUGCACUAAACAUAGCUGUAUUUCACACUUGAGCUGUGAAUCUGAUGGACUUAUUUGGUGUGAAGGAAUGUGUCCGGACAUCUGAGGAUCAAUGCGAGCUAAAAAUAAUUAUUUCACAAUGCCUUUCUCUUUUUUCAUUUUGGGGAAAAAAACAAGAGGUCACACUGUAACCACUGUUCGGCCUGUUGUGAUUAUGUGCUUCCCGGGGCUUAAAUUAAAAWUUUUUUUACAUACCCGCUGAUAAGAUUCUCAACUCAUGAGAUGUUUAAAGCAGGAUCUCCUAUUUAAAUGCAUGAGAUGGGUGAGGUUCGGGUAUCCCAGUACCUGGAUGGGUCAAAAGCGUUCAACAAAACACACAGGCUAAAAGGGAGCUUCUUGAGUUACUUUGAUCAAUAGCAGCUAUCACUGAGCCUCCCUAUAGACUUCCUGUCACGUUUAAUCUUCUAGAUUCAUAGAGCAAAUUUGUGGCACAUCCAUUAAACCGAAACGACAAACGGUGGAAAACGUUCACUGUGACCCGAGGAGACGUGUUGACACAUGGCUCGCAUUUCUUUGGCUUUAAAAAAUAAAAUAAAAUAAAACAAGGCUUACCAAUUUUUUUUUCAUUGAUCGCAUUUUCUGAGGAGGGUUAGAACAAAGAUGAACUGGAGAGGAACUAAAACUCUGCCUUGUUGUGAAUGUAUGAACAUCACUCCACCACAUAUGGUCGCCUCGUGCCAUCUGGUUUAAACAGUGCCACUUCUGCAGACUCUGAACCAUUUGAAAGAGCAAGUUUUUUUUGAAGGGGUUGUGGGGUACAAUUCUUGAAGCAUUGCACAGGACUUUUUAUCGUUUUUGCAUUUAUUUGCCGACUAACUUUGAGGAGGAAAGAGACUGAUGUCCACUGAACGAGCAUGCGCUUACCUUACGAGCAGAUACAACUGAAACGUCCACUUCACUGCCUUUUCUUUGUUGGUUUGUUUCGCAAUAGACUACAUUAGCACUGUUUCCCAUUGUCAUUCUUUAUGACAAUAACUUAUAUUAUUGUAUUCCUCUGGAAUUAUCGCAAGACAUAAAUGUAAACCUUUGUAAGGAAUGAUGAUUUUUACACUGAGACGCAACACAUGAUUAUCACAUUUAAGGGGCGAAUAUUUAGAGUGUGGAUGGAUUGGGUUUAUUGGACCUAUUGUUGGUGGGCUUCAAGUGUAAUCACAUGUUCUAUAUAAAAAGAUUUCUUUUCAGUACA